UUUAGUUCUGAUUCAGAAUGUUUUUUCAAUGAGCAGACCAAUGCAGGGCUAUGGAGGUUGCAAUCAAGAAAUUUUUUCCAAACACUGUCCACCGUUGGUGUAAAUGGCAUGUUCUGAAGAAGGCGAAGGAAACACUUGGGCCGCUUUACACGAAGAAAAGUGAUUUCCAGGCUGAAUUUCACAAAGUUGUUAAUCACAUGUUAACUGAGGAAGAAUUUGAAACAGCCUGGGCCGGGCUGCUUGAUAAGUACAACUUGAGGGCGCAUAACUAUAUGACCCAAAUAUAUGAGACAAGACAUAAAUGGGCAAAACCAUACUUCAGAGGAGUGUUUUGUGCAAAGAUGACAAGUACACAGAGGAGUGAGAGCGCAAACCACAUGCUGAAGUCUUACAUGCCCCCCGCAAGCCCGAUGCAUGUUUUCGUCCGUCAAUACAUGAGGCUACAAUUCGACCGUGAGCGUGAUGAAAGCUACGAGGAGAAGAGAACAAUGAUUGGCGGGGCUGUGCGGCGGACUAACCUUGCAAUAGAGCGGCAUGCAAGCAAAAUAUAUACUAGGAAUAUGUUUGAGGAAUUUGGCCGCCUACUAAUAGAAGGAACUGCAUACAAUGUUACUGAAAAAGAAAAUAUGAGAAAAUAUAUAACAACUCACAAUAAUGCAGCCAAAAGAGAGAAGUGGAGCAGGGUGGAGUACGAGGUGACAGUUAACAAAGAC